UUUAUGGGUAGCAUCCCAUCCUCCUUCAGUGCUUUGAAGAGUCUUCAUUACCUUGACCUUUCAAGAAAUAAUUUUUCUGGACAAAUUCCAAAAUACUUCCAAAAUCUCACUCUUUUACAAUAUUUGAAUUUGUCUUUCAACAAAUUUGAAGGAGAGGUUCCAAAUGAAGGGGUCUUUGGAAAUGCAAAUGCAGUUUCAGUUGUUGGAAACCAACACCUCUGUGGAGGCAUUCAGAAGCUCGGACUCUCUCCAUGUAAGGUCCAAGGCCUAAAGAAGAACAAAAGGUCUCACAAUCUUAAAAUUAUGAUUCCAAUUGUCUCCUGCUCGAUCUUAUUAGUAAUGUCUCUGUUUCUGAUUAUUUUUACUUGGGCAAGGAGAUCUAAGAGGAAAGCCUCUUCCAUGUUGCAAACACAAGAACCAUUUCCAAAGAUUUCUUAUGCAGAGUUAAGUCAAGCAACUAAUGACUUCUCAUCAACCAACUUGAUUGGUGAAGGAAGUUUUGGCUCUGUUUAUAAAGGAAUCAUGGGUGAAAAUGGAAUGUUAGUUGCAGUGAAAGUGCUGAACCUUAAGCAAAAAGGAGCAUCCAAGAGUUUUGUGGCUGAGUGUGAAGCUAUGAGAAACAUUCGGCAUCGGAAUCUGAUCAAAGUUUUGACUGUUUGUUCUAGCAUAGACUUUAAAGGGGUUGAUUUCAAGGCUAUAGUAUAUGAGUUCAUGCAAAAUGGAAACCUAGAUGAGUGGCUACAUUCAAAUGAAGUCCAAGUGGGAGUACAAAGUUUCAGUUUCAUCGAGAGACUAAACAUAGUGAUUGAAGUCGCACAUGCAAUUGAGUAUCUGCAUUACCACUGCCAACCAGCAAUUGUUCAUGGUGAUCUCAAGCCAAGCAAUAUUCUACUUGAUCAUGAAAUGGUUGCUCAUGUGGGUGAUUUUGGACUAGCAAGAUUCCUUAUUUCCUCAAAGAAAACAAGCUCACUUGGUAUAAUAGGGACCAUUGGCUAUGUUGCUCCAGGUAAUAUUAGUUUUACCUUGAAUUUGUGCAGUGAAAGUUAUAGUUAAGCAUCUAGGUACUAACUAACGUGAUGAAUUGAUCUCAUGUUUCCUGGUUUUCACUGCUAACUAUUUCAUUCAGAAUAUGGAAUGGGUGGAGAGGCAUCUAUGGCAGGUGACGUGUUCAGCUUUGGAAUUCUUUUGUUGGAGAUGAUUACAGGGAAGCGACCAAUUGAUGCAAUAUUCAAAGAUGGACUGAACCUUCACCACUUUGCCAAACUAGCAUUGCCAGAACGCGUUAUGGACAUUGUUGAUCCUUCGUUGCUGCAAGAACUUCGAAGUACAGAUGAAAACGUUGGGGAUGCCCGAAGAACUAGAAGAGAAAGGAGAGUCAGUAUCAAGGAGAUUCUCAUUACCUUUGCAAGAAUAGGAGUUAUCUGCUCAAUGGAUUCUCCGCAUGAUCGAAUGGAGAUGAAAGAUGUGGUUGCAGAAUUAUGUAUUAUUAGAGAUAAGUUUCUUGGUGAUCACUCAUAGAUUUUGAUGAAGGAAUCAAAGCAAGCUGUCUUUUUUGGAAAAACUUCGUUUACCUCAAUUCUUUUAGCUUUUCUGCUGUGUCUGGUGUGAUAUAUUUCUACUGGAAUGUUGGUACCAAACUUUAAGAUUUCUACUUGUGUGGGUUGCAAGCUGGGUUCAAUGAUGAUGAAUGCAAAGCAGAAGGUUGCACGCAACUGUUUGUUCUUUUCCUUUUCUAAUAUAUAUUUGCCGUUUUU